CUCUGCUAUAGGAUCUUUGGGGGAGAGGACUUGCUCCUCUGUCAAUCUGGGCGAAAAGGGCGGGUGCUUCCGCCGCCAUGUUUCCCGUCUGAAGAGGAGCCUGGAGACGGCGGUGGCGGCGGCGGGAAGAGCGGCCACACGGAGGCUUUGUGUUGGAAUCAAUUGACCUUAAAAAUGGAACAAAGCUGGAGAAGAAAGCAGCCAGAGACCUGUACAGUGUGGUAGUGCUAACAUCGAUGUGGAUUUGACGGGUACUCAAUCUAGUUGAUGUGCUGCUGCCGAAUUGACCCAAAUCGAGGUUAAUAACCAAGCCAAAGUGGAUUUGCCGAAUGAAGUCAGCCUUCCCCUCGCCGUCUCUGGGAAGGGGUCGGGCGGUGUUGGGGUUGGCGACGGUGAAGAGGAUGGCUCUGCCCCGAGUCCGCAGAGUGAAGCGGUCACUAAUGAACUGCAAGAGCUCACGCUGCAGUCAAGCAACGGCCUUUCCCCUUUGAACAAGAGGAAAAAUGAGCACUUAUGUGAAACGGGCCCUCAGAUGGAAGGGCAGGAGACCGAGGGGCGAACUUCCCCACGCCUUAGACGCCUGUGCCACUCCACGUUCAGCCAACAGGAGGAGAGGUUGCUGCAAGUGCUGCAACUGAAGCUUCAGCAGCGGCGGACACGCGAAGAGUUGGCCAGCCAGGGAAUCAUGCCACCUCUGAAGAGUCCUGCUGCAUUUCACGAGCAGAGGAGGAGCUUGGAGAGGGCGCGGACUGAAGACUACUUAAAGAGAAAGAUACGAUUACGUCCUGAGAGAGCAGAGUUGGUCAGAAUGCACAUACUUGAAGAGACUUCGGCAGAGCCGUCCCUACAAGCCACGCAGAUGAAGCUGAAGCGGGCAAGGUUGGCUGAUGAUCUGAAUGAGAAGAUUGCGCAGCGCCCCGGUCCCAUGGAGUUGGUGGAGAAGAACAUACUGCCUGUGGACUCCAGUGUCAAAGAGGCCAUCAUAGGUGAGCUUCACUGCACGUGCUGCCAUUGUCAGUCUAGAAGAGUCGAGAGUGUUUUAUUGUCACACGUCCCAGAUGGGACAAUGAAAUUCUUACUUACUGCAGCACAACACAAUAUGGCUGAUGUGAACUACACCUCAAUAUCACCAGAGCAGCCAGGUAGUCAGGACUCACUGGGGUCCUUGCCAUCCCCCACAGAAGCAAGAUCCGUUGAUCAGCACCACCCUCUCCCCACUUCUCCAACCCAGUAUCUUGUAUCGUUGCCAACUGGAACAGAAUUGAACAGGUUCAAGCCAGUGUCCGACCAGCAGAUUGCAAAAUUGGUCAACGAUGUGCCAUCUCUCAUCACUAAACCUGCGCCAACGCUCAUUAAACAAAGUCAGCCGAAGUCGGCACGAGACAAGAACCUGCGGAACAAGAAGCUGAAGGAGCCAAAGUCACGGGUGAAGAAGCUGAAGUACCACCAGUACAUGCCCCCGGACCAGAAGCUGGAGAAGGCCACCCUGCCACUGGACACUGCCUACUCCAAACUCCUGCAGCAACAACAGCUCUUCCUCCAGCUGCAGAUACUGUGCCAGCAGCAGCAGCAUUACAACUAUCAGACCAUCCUCCCCGCACCACCAAAACAGAACAGUGAUCACCACACAAACAGUGGUCUUACAGCCAUGAGGCCUCUGACCAACAGCAUCUCCUCGUCGGGAUCAGGGGGUGUGCUGAGACAGAACAGCUGCAUGGCUGUCAUCAAACCUCCAGCGUCUCUGCCCCCAAACCUCGAUGACCUGAAGGUAGCUGAGCUGAAGCAGGAGCUGAAGCUGCGUGCCUUGCCCGUGUCGGGGACCAAGACGGACCUCAUUGAGCGGCUGAGGAACUACCAGGAGCAGAUGAAGGCGGCAGCGGCCCUGGUCCCCACCGCGGGCCCCCUGGUCAGCAAGGCCGGCCCUCUGGCCCCCAGACCCGCCGAGGUGCUGGUGUCCUUCGGGCCUCCCCGCUGUGGCAGCGCCCCGUCCGUUGUGGCCAGCGUGGCCCCCGCAGACGUGCCUGCCGCGGUGCUGUGCAUCCCCGGCACGGUCAAGCCGGGCGCCGCCACGCCCACCCCUCCGGUGUCGCCCGCUCCCUCGGACCGCUCGGUACAGAGCAUGGAGGAGAACGAGGUGGCGGCUCAGCUGCCCCUGCCCCUGCCCCUGCCCCUGCCCUCGCCCAUGCAGGUGGUCUGCAAGGAGGAGCCCGCCAACGGCCCGCCGAGCUGCGGCAACCUCCGGCGCGGGGGCGCGGAGCCGGGCAAGGACACGCAGGCCGCCAUCAAGGACCUGAUGCUGCAGGAGAAGGACAAGCAGAUCGAGGAGCUGACCAGGAUGCUGAGGCAGAAACAGCAGCUGGUCGAGGCUCUGCGACACCAGCUUGACCAGGAGAAGCACACCCUGCCGCCGCUGCCUCCGUCGCCACAGCAACCGCCCCCCCCUCCGGCCACCGACCCGCCCGGCCCACCCACCGUCAAGCAAGAACACCCGCCCUCUAGCUGCCUCCUCUCGGGCAAGCCCGGCCCGCACCCCUACCAGGCCCAGCCCGCCAACCUGCCGCCGCCGGUGAAGACGGUGACGGUGAAGCAGGAGGGCCGUGGGUUAGCGGCGCCCACCCUCCUGCUGACCGCCUCCCAGCCCAGCCGGCUGACCACGGGCACGCUGAGGACGGUCUCGCAGACCCCCGCCCCGGGACUGCUGACCAACGGCACGGACACCCACCUCCUCCUCACCGUGGCCCCGCAGCGGGCCGACGCCGGCUGUGUCUCGCCCCCAGCCAGCACCGUCAACGAUCAGCCGGCCACGCAGGCAGUGACACCUUGCCCAUCCCCAGAGCAGACACAGCAACCAUCCCCCACCUCCCCGUCAAAGCCACAGCCCCACACAGGAAUGAUGACCCAGACAGGAAAGAAGGAGCAGAAGGUGGGCCUGCAGCUGAUCACUGGGACGUCCGGCGCUGUGCUGUCAUAUGCCUUCACACCCCAAACCCUGCCGCCGUUCUUUGUAAACAAUGUGACGGAGAGCUCGCUGCAGACUCGGGUGAAUAACGGAUCCACCUCCCCACACAAGGAAAUCUCCAGGAGCCAAGAGAUGGACGAUUUGUUCGAUAUCCUCAUUGAAAGUGGAGAGAUUUCAGUCAAUGCCAAGGACAUUACCGCCACUUUAGACCUGCCGUCUCCUCAGAGUGUGUCUCCCACGCUAACCAUGUCCCCGCCGCUCUCUGUUCUCAAAGUGGAGCCACCGUCUCCUCAGUUGCUGCUGGAGCCCAUCACCGACAGUCAGUCGGAGAGCCGGCUGGAGGACUUUCUCGUCAGCACGACCGGGGUGCCGUUGUUAUCCGUGGACCACGACGGCACUCAGCCCCUCUCGCUCAUCGACGAUCUACACAACCAAAUGCUGAGCAGCUCCAGUAUACUGGAGCACCCGCACUCACCCAUGGACACCUCGGACUUGCACUUCACCACCGACACCACCAGCCUGACCCUGGACCUUGCCGACACUAACUUGGACAACAUGGAGUGGCUGGACCUCACUAUGGGCGGCUCCUCAGUGGGUCUCGCUCCCUUGAGCUCCGUGACCCCCAGCGUCUUCUCCACUGACUUCCUAGACGGCCACGACUUGCAUUUACACUGGGAUUAACGUCAACAGCCAAAACGUUGUGGGCAACCCUUCCUUCGCAAAGCCCCCUCGGUCAGCGUGGGACUUUGGCGGGGGGGGCUGGUGCUGAAUCGGGGAGAGAGUGUCCUCCAGCGUGGCUCUCCGUCGUCACUAUAACUGAGCGGGAGCGAGCCAAGAACGCACGUCCUUUCCGCCAAGGAUCAGAGGGCCUUCCCUGUGCAAGGGUCGCGGGCAAAUACAGGCUGGAGCUCGUGGUUGUAUCUCUUGAGCCCAAGCAGUGCUGCUGAUGGAACCGAGUCCAAAAUCAGAGGACGGACUUUAUUAAAUUUGACCCAAACAAAAUGGAGACGUUGUUCUGUGGUCUUCACCAGGCUUCUGGGUUGGUCUUGUGGUGAGAGGGUUUACAGCCUCAGCACGUUCUGUCUCUCAGAUUUUCCGUUGCCAAGCCUGUCCCUUUGCACUGGUUUGGGGCAAGUACAAGUUUUCAAGACAGGAACCCAACGGUACAGUAACUGAGUAGGGGAAUGGAAAGCCAGCAUACUCUUCCCCGCCACCAGCCCGGCCCCCCGUUCAGUCCAAGUCUGAAUGUCAUCGCAGUCUGCCUCCAGAGCCUAGUCCUGCUCUAAGAUCACCAAAUGAGACUUGUGUUCGCGACCGGCUCGGAUUGUAACCGCAAUGUUUUGGCUUUGUUGUGAAAUCAUUUCUUGCCCCAGCUAGCUGGAAGUGUCUGCUUUAGUCUGCGGAGAGGAGCUGAACUUUAGCCCUGGACAGCUUUCACCAAGCCUCCUUACGUGCCAUUUGUUCUCAGCCAGACGUGGAGUUGAAUUAUUGGAGCUGGCCGGCGGGUGUUGUCCCAAGGAUAGCGGCAAUUUAGCCCAAAGGUCAGAUACCACCAACGUCCACUCUGCCCACUACAUAUCCAGGAUCGAAACCAAGAAAUCCCAGCUUAAAGAGGAAAGUGUCAGGACAAUCCCAGUGCCGUCUUUGUGGUGUUGACACCAGGUGAACUAAGCUGGGGCGGUCGUCGAAUAUUGACCUUUGACCGCCAACCGAGUCAGGUGCAACAUCUCUGCGGUCCCCCUGGUUUGUGGGCGCGGGGCUGUCCGUCCGGUUUCUCCUUCCCUCGGCGGCCCAAGCUGUGCGGCCCGUGCGAGGGGUUCCUCAGCCUCCCACAUGCCCCACCCGUCACACACUGCGAAGGGAGUCUGAGAAGCCGAGGGUUCGAUGCCGGAAAGGGGCCACGAAUUAACGCAGUAUUUCUUAAAAGAAAACACACAAAAAAAGGCGUUUUUAAAUCCACGGCAGGAAGAAGAAAUUGUCCUUCCUGCCAGCUACAUGAAGAGUUUUUUUUUUUAAACUGUAAAGUUACAAUCAGUAAGAAUGUAAAAUUGCAUACUGUAAUAUGUGCACUAUAAGUCAUAUCUGUGUAUAGGUUGCAUAGCUACCUACAGCUAUGUUAUAUAAAUCACGACAAUAUAACACUGGUGUACAGGGCCCACUUUUGAAUACAAGCCUUGAAAAUGACUACUUUGCCCAGCCUAGUGGAUUAGCAGUUUGACGUAUGCCUCAGUGGCUUGUGGUAUAGAGCUUGUGUGACUCACCAGUGUUGUCUGCAUCUCAUGCCUUGAGAAGUAGCACGACUAAGCUAAUGCAUUUCCAUUUCAUUGAUGGCUGAGAGUGGGACAGCAUUAACUUUGGGGCAUGGAAGGAUUGUGUGCUUGGUUUCUGGGACAUUAACACUAAGCUGAAGGCAUCUUAUGAGGAACUAGUUUGAACACAAUGACAAAUGGGUGGAAGUUGCCUUGAAUUCUUUGUUUCUUUCACAUUAAAUUAUAGUUACCGGGCAUUGUAUUGAGUCCAGAACAAUGCUGUGAUUUUUUUUAUUUUAGAAGAUAGACACAAAAUGCUGGAGUAACUCAGGGCAGCAUCUCUGGAGAGAAGGACUGGGGUCGAGACCCCUUCUUCAGACUGAGAGUCGGGAGAGGGAGACAGAUAAGGAAGUGUGAGGUGUGAAAACAAGACAUCAAAGGGGAUGCGGAUCAAGGAAAAAUGUAGACUAGACCAUUGUUAGCUACGAGAAGAUGACAAGGAAGAUCAAAUUUAAGCAUGGGGACAGUCAUACUGGUCAGAGAACUAGGAAGGGGGAGGGAUGGAGAGAGAGGAAAAGCAAGGGUUACUUGAAGUUUGAAGUCAAUAUUCAUACCGCUGCCCAAGCAAAAUAAUUCUUGAAACAUUUGACAUGUGUUUUGCUAAAAUCAUGUUUGACAUAUUCUGCAAGCCUUGUAGUUGAAGACAGAGCAUACAUCAUGCAUAAUUGCUAUUACAAGUUAGUGGCCAAGACAACCGUUCUAGUAGCCAAAAGUGAUGUUACAAGGGGGCUGGGUUCCAUUUGCUUUGGUGACCAUCUCUUUGCUCAUGUCUUCUGUUCCUGUUGACCUCAUAUUUGCGUUUCAGUCUAGGGGAAGCCCACUGCAGGAGCUGACGGCUUCAAUGCUGUCGAGUUAUUCUUUACUUUAAGGAGGUUGAGAGAGAUAACAGCAGUGUCACUGUUCCCUGGGCCAUUACGGAAUACAGAGUGACUCAAUUGGCCGUGGAAGGGGAGAAUUUAAUUUUCAACGGUGGUGAGGAAAUGAUUGAAGGUUGUUGGUCUGAUCCAAGGCACAGUAGACCACUGCCUCCCACACCACGGAAGGUGUGUUCUAUCGAAAGAUUGGAAUCCCACUCCCAGCUAAGAGGCGGGCAGCAUGGUGGCGCAGCAGUAGAGUUGCCACCUUGUAGUGUUUCAGGUGCCAGAAACCCGGGUCCGAUCCUGGCUCUGGCCGCUGUCUGUACGGAGUUUUGCACGCUCUCCCCGUGACCUGCGUGAGUUUUCUCCUGAACUUCGGUAACCUCCCACACUCCAAAGACGUACAGGUUUGUAGGUUAUUUGGCUUUGGUAUAAAUGUUUUUUUUAAUUGUCCCUCGUAUAGGAUAGUGUUAAUGUGCGGGCGCAGACUCGGUGGGCAGAAAGGGCCUGUUUCCGCGCUGUACGUGAAGACAAAACUGAACUAAACUUGAUAUCGUUCAUCUAUUUUGCUGGACAGAGUUGUUUGCAGAGAUGAAACAGUGAAUUUCUUUGCACCCCCUCAAUCAAAAAUAGCACCCAUCACAUUUAUCCACGCACUCAAAAUGGGUUUGGUGUUGGGUUGGCUGGUGUGCUCCAUGGCAGGGGGGGUAAAUUCUGCGGCUGUGCAUUGAACAUUUGUCUUGGUGAUCCAAAGCGAACCAUUCCUGGGCGUGGGUGAGCACCUUUGCUGGACGUCACCUCCUCCCAACAUCACCCUUGGCAUGGAAAUGGUGACAAUGCUUCAUGUCCUCAGGUCCCCACCCCAAGACACAGCAACUAGGAAAACCUGCAGAAAAGUUUGGUGACCAUCCUCGAACAAUGUUCUCCAUUGACCAAAAGGAUCCCCCAGUCAGUAUUAAGCCAUGGAUCUCAGCAUAGAAACAUUGAAACAUAGAAAAUAGGUGCAGGAGUAGGCCAUUCGGCCCUUCGAGCCUGCACCGCCAUUCGAUAUGAUGAUGGCUGAUCAUCCAAAUCAGUAUCCCGUACCUGCCUUCUCUUCAUACCCCCUGAUCCCUUUAGCCACAAGGGCCACAUCCAACUCCCUCUUAAAUAUAGCCAAUGAACUGUGGCCUCAACUACCUUCUGUGGCAGAGAAUUCCACAGAUUCACCACUCUCUGUGUGAAAAAUGUUUUCCUCAUCUCGGUCCUAAAAGAUUUCCCCCCAUCUCGGUCCUAAAAGAUUUCCCCCUCAUCCUUAAGCUGUGACCCCUUGUUCUGGACUUCCCCAACAUCGGGAACAAUCUUCCUGCAUCUAGCCUGUCCAACCCCUUAAGAAUUUUGUAAGUUUCUAUAAGAUCCCCCCUCAAUCUUCUAAAUUCUGGCGAGUACAAGCCAAGUCUAUCCAGCAUAUCCCUAUUGCACAUACAUUGUGCUUCAACAUCCCAGCACAGAUGGCAAAUGAUGGUUACAUUGUGUAGGAUCCUUCUUCAGACUGAAACGUCACCCAUCCAUGUUCUCCAGAGAUGUUGCCUGACCCGCUAAGUUACUCCAGCACUUUGGGCCUUUUAUUUUGUGGUAAACCCGCAUCUGCAGUUCCUUGUUCCUCGAUCAGUUAUCAGCGUUGGGUUUUAGCUGGAAUGUCAUGAAACCAGCUGUACUUAGUCCAGGACAAUCGCCAGAUUUAACUCUGGUGAAGCAAACUCUGCUAUUUCCGUCACCUCUCUUGGUUGAUAGUCGCAAAACACAAGGAUUUGGAGCUCGAUCCGACUUCUGUAUCAAUUACAAACUUCAUUUCUGUGCACGAAGAAUUGGCCCCGAUUACAAGUUGUUGGGUUAGGUUUUUGAUCUUUAAAUGCCUCUGGUUUAAGGCACGUUUCUCCUCUGCUUGUGCUCCAGUACGCUUGCUCCUGUUUCCUGGAGUUCUGCAGCUUGUCACAUCCACUAUCCUUCGGUAGAUGAGCCUGCAUGAAUAACGUCACUGGUUGCAUUCCCUGCUAAUAUGCAUCUCUUGUCCCCUGUAGCUGUGCUCUCAAGCAGGGACCCUCCCCCUCCUCGAUGGGGGCCCUGAAGAGUUCCGGGAACUGAUUUGAUGCCAAACCAGUCUUUCUAGACCUUCUUAAACAUUUUCUAAACCUUCCUUUAUGUUGGCUACGAUGUGAAUUGAAUACGCCUGGUUCUUGAACAUGGUACCAUUAGCCUUUACCAUUUGCUUUGUGUUAUGGUAACCCUACCCGAGCAAAGGCUGCGUUCAUCACCAGUCCCUUGUUGAGUCAGUGAUUAGGAGCAGAAUAAGAAGGAACUGCAGAUGCUAGAAAAAUCAAAGGCAGACAAAAAUGCUGGAGAAACUCAGCGGGUUCAGGCAACACCUAUGGAGCGAAGGAAUAGGCGACGUUUCGGGUCGAGACCCUUCUUCAGACUGAUGGCGAUUCAGAAUGAGGCCAUUCGGCCCAUCAAGUCUACUCUGCCAUUCAAUCGUGGCUGAUCUAUCUUUCCCUCUCAACCCCAUUCUCCUGCCUUUGACCCAUAACCCCUGACACCCUGAUGGGCCAUUCAUGUCACAGUGGGGAAUAUUAUGUCCAAAUGUAUUUAAGCACCAGAUUAUUUGUCCAUGAAUCCCCUGUCUAGUUCAUUCGAUACAAUCACCCUAUCCUGUUCAUCUCUCUCUCUAUUGAUGGACCUUUGACCCAGUCUAAACCCUUUGCAGGUAAUUCCAUUCCAAGUUAAAUCGUUGUCCCUCUUAUUCCCUGCAAUCUCUUGACUUUAUAAAUUAAAACACACACACACAUAUAUAUAUAUAUAUUUGAACUUAGAAGCGUGUACUUUGACGGGCUAUCUAUGAGGGUAUUAGAUUAAAUCACGUCCGCUUAGCUUAUCGUGAGACCAGAACACUUUACAGAAUCUCUUCAAUUUCAACAUCUUCAAGAUUCAAGAGAGUUUAUUGUCGUGUGUCCCUGAUAGGACAAUGAAAUUCUUGCUUUGCUUCAGCACAACAGAACAUAGUAGGCACGAAUGCAACAUGGCAGCGUUUGGGCCAUGCUGAGGUCUGGAAUUAAAUCAAUGGCUACAGUUUUCCAAUCUCUGAUUCCUCGGAGAGUGUUGGCUAAAAACGGGCUGAUAAUUCCCAGCAUUUUCUAUUUUUGUUUCAGAUUUCCAGCAUGUGCAAUUUUUUCCCCCCGUUACCACAUGGACUUAAAGGGCCAUGUCCGAAGAAGGGUCCCGAACCGAAACCCUGUUCUCCAGAGAUGCUGCCUGGCCUGCUGAGUCACUCCAGUACAUGGUGUCUUUAUAUGGACAUAGGUUUAGGUCUUUACAGAAAUUUAAUCUCCUGAACUCAGCCCUUCAGGCUGUUCCCAUUUGCAGAGGCGACCCAGCUGUAGUGAAGAGCAAUAGAGAUGAGAGUUUUUAAAAUAUAUAUAUUUUAUAAAAAGUGGAAAAUUAUGCAAUAAUCUGUAAAUGUGUUGGAAAGGGAAUCCUCCAGGGCUUUGAGGCUACGAGGAGCAGAGUAGUGUCAAUCACCUUGAAGUGAGCCAGAUUGGGCCAAAUGACUUAUUCCUGUACAGUAAUGAUUCUCGAACGAGUAUGGGAUUAACGAGAGGCUAACACAUAAACCAUGGACUCGGUCUAUGGAUCCACCAGCUGCCAAGACUGGACUAGCUGCUUCCCAGGGGAUUUUGCAAUUCCUACCAUGAGCUACAAUGGGUUACAAUCCAAUUGCAAUGCACCUUCGACCAAAUUCACGACAGAAUGAAAUUCAUCACUGAACACUGGCGAAACACUCAGCAGGCUGCUCCCAGUCAGCAUCUGUGGAGAGAGAGGGGGAGAUAGAGAGUCAAAUUUUCAGGUCAGUAAUGGGCCAAAAGCAAAGAAGGUUUUUCGAUGAGGCAGGAUUUAUUCUUCCAAAUUGGCAGCACUGGCCCUUUUGGCUGAGUGGGCUGUUUUGCGAUUACAUUUUGCAGGCUCUGCAGACACGGCUUUCCCAGCUGGAAGGUGUUCCUGACCCGGGUGAAAGCAUCUGCAGUUCCUUCUUAAAGACUUUGUUGAGUGUUGGAUUGAAGCAUGUCGGCAGUUCAAGCCUUAUUCCAGUGCUCAUUGACUGCAAACUUGCUGUAACUCUGCACGUUGAUGUCAUCUCCACAUUCAGUCUUGGCAGUCAGGCCAUGUGUCGUGUGUCUGGUUAGUAUCCUGUGGAAACAAUGACCUGCAGAUGCUGGUUUGCACAACAGGACAAACAACACUGGAGUAACACAGUGGGCUCAGUCAGCAUCAGUACCCUGGCUAACCCACCUCAUCACUCCAGCACCUUGUGCCCUUUUCUGGCUGGUAUAAGGUUAUAAGCGAUAAGAGCAGAAUUAGGCCAAUCGGCCCAUCAAGUCUACUCCGCCAUUCAAUCAGAAAGAGGCUGAUCUACCUCUCCCUCCUAACCCCAUUCUCCAGCCUUCUCAUAACCUCUGACACAUAUACUAAUCAAGAAUCUAUCUAUCUCUGCCCUAGUAAUAUCCAUUGACGAGGCCUCCACACAGAUUCACCACCCUCUGACUAAAGAAAUUCCUCCUCAUCUCCUUCCUAAAGGCACGUCCUUUAAUUCUGAGGCUAUGACCUCUAGUCCUAGACUCUCCCACUAGUGGAGACAUCCUCUCCACAUCCACUGUAUCCAAGCCUUUCACUAUUCGGUAAAGGGCCUGUCCCACCAGCAUGCGACUCCAUGCGGCAAGCGCGACCUAACGUGGUCACUUGAGCCGUGCGGCCUCGCGGGGCCGGUCCCACUUCGAUCGCCGGAGCCGUAUGGAGUUGUACGGAGCUGGUCCCGACAUCGCACGGGGCUCCGAAAAACUGACCGUGUUCAAAAAUUCCGCGCGCGGUAACGGCCCGCAGCCGCCUCGACGCCGUACGCACCGCCUCGACGGGCGUGCGCAGCGUUCUCAACGCCGUACGUCACGUGCGAACUUCCCGCGGACUUCGCUCGAACUUCACGUCACUCACUCGACCUCCGCGCGGCCCCCGCUUCUGGUUUGGUCGCGCUUGCCGCAUGCAGGUCGCAUGCUCGUGGGACAGGCCCUUUAGUUUCAAUAGGGGGGAUGAGAAGGGCGCAGGCUUCAUUGGGGCAUCCUCUUGUCCUUUCUGCCACCGGCCUGGGGUGAGAUAACAGCAAUAGGGGGUGGAAUCAUCUCCACCACAUCUUCAGGAUAGUGACGAGGGGCAUUGAGGGGGUGGAAGCUGCUGGAGAAGGUGGUCUGUCGAGGAAACCAGUGAAGUUUGACACAAAAUGAUGGAGUAACUCAGGCAACAUCUCUGGAGAGAAGGAAUGGGUGACGUUUCAGGUCAAAACCCCUCCUCAGAUUAGUUAUGGGAAACGAGAGAUAUCAAUGGUGAAGUGGAGAGAUAUAGAACAAAUGAAUGAAAGAUGUGCAAAAAAGUAACGAUAAUAAAUGAAACGGGCCACUGUUAGCUGUUUGCUAGGUGAGAACGAGAAGCUGGUGCAAUUUGGAUGGGGGAGGGAUGGAGAGAGAAGGAGUGCAGGGGUUACUUGAAGUUAGAGAAAUCGAUAUAAAUAACACUGGCUUGUAAGCUGCCCAAGCGAAAUAGGAGAUGCAGUUCCUCCAAUUUGGGAUAAGGAGCAAUGAUCCUCUAUUCCACACUGGUCCAGGCUGAACGGAGCAAAUGCGUUCCUGCUGGCUAUGGUGUCCUUUACUAAUCACUGCACUGCGGUUGGCUGGUAUGGCCUCCCACUUAAAUGAAGUGCCACAUCUUUGCAUUAAAAAGUUCACGAGUCGGAAUUUGAGUGAUAGAUAAUCUCUGCUGUACUAGAGGUCUUGAACUUGAGCAACCACCAAUCAUUUCCUCCCGAACCAGGCAGAGCUCCUGUGUAAACCAGGAUGGUCCAAACCAUUUUCCUUUGCCUAUGUUCCAACUAUGAGCUGUGACCAUUCACUGGGGGGCAUUUUGGAGGAAUGUACCUUGAUCAGGUUAUAACCAGCCAAACUCAAGGAAGACAUGGAGCGGGGGGGGGGAGAAAGAAAGGAGACACAAAGACCUUUACAGUUUGCUUUUUUUUCUUUUUCAACUGUAUGUAAACACUGUAUUUGUGUUGAACUUUUUAAAACAUUUUUUAAAGAAAUAUUGUGUUUGUAUUAUUCGGCCUCCAUUUAUUAAAAUCAUGGGAUGGA